UCUCAUUUCUCCAACGAGGCAACGACCGACCAAUCACUGAAGUGACUUUCGAUACAACCAAGACCCCUUGACAUGGCGGUUAAGCACGGCGGCGAAAUCGGAUCCAGAACAGCGACGAUAGAUCGGAAAAGCGGUUUCUGCGAAUCAACAUCAGUUUUCUACAGCAAGCGUGAGCCCACGGCUCUCCCGCCAAAUCGUUUUCUCGACGUCACGACUUUCAUUUCGUCGCAGCCUCAUCGAAGCAAGACCGCUUUCGUCGACGCCGUCACCGGUCGUCGUCUCUGCUUCUCUGAGCUGUGGCUCGGCGUCGACAGAGUCACGGCUUGUCUUUCCGCAUUAGGUGUGCGCAAGGGCAAUGUCGUCAUUAUAGUUUCUCCAAACUCCAUUCUCUUCCCGGUCGUCUCCCUCUCCGUUAUGUCACUCGGCGCCAUCAUCACCACGGCCAAUCCGAUCAACACUUCCGGCGAAAUCGCCAGGCAGAUCGGCGAUUCGCGCCCUGUUCUCGCCUUCACCACCUGCCAACUCGUCUCCAAACUCGCCACCGCGUCGAAUUCGAAUCUCCCGGUGGUUCUCAUGGACGGAAACCGCGUGACGCCUAACGGAGAACAAACUCACGAGAAUCCGGUGAAGAUCGUCGGGAGUCUGGAGGUUAUGAUGGAGACGGAGCCGAGCGAGUCACGAGUGAAUCAACGAAUCGACCAGGACGACACGGCGGCUCUGCUUUACUCGUCAGGCACGACGGGGACGAGCAAGGGGGUAAUGCUGACUCACCGAAACCUAAUCGCUUUGGUACAAGCGUACCGAGCCCGGUACGGUUUAGAGCAGCGAACCGUCUGCACAAUCCCAAUGUGUCACAUAUUCGGCUUCGGGGGUUUCGCCACUGCCUUCAUCGCUUUGGGAUGGACGAUAGUGGUUCUUCCCAAAUUCGAGAUGGCUCAGCUUCUCUCGGCGGUGGAGAUACACCGAUCUUGGUACCUUUCCGUUGUGCCGCCGAUGUUGGUAGCCAUGGUUAACGGUUCAAACGAGAUCAAAUCCAAGUACGACCUUAGCUCGUUGCGCACCAUCGUAGUUGGAGGAGCUCCUCUGAGCAGAGAGUUAACGGAGAAGUUCGUCGAGAUAUUUCCGACGGUAGAAAUCCGACAAGGCUAUGGUUUGACUGAGAUGGCUGUUGUUGCUUCUAUGUUUACUAAAGAGGAGACGGAGAGGUACGGAUCCUCUGGAUUGCUGGCUCCAGAUGUGGAGGCUAAGAUUGUGGAUCCGGAUACGGAUCGGGUCUUAGGGGUGAAUCAAACCGGUGAAUUCUGGCUCCGGAGUCCCAUUGUGAUGAAAGGUUAUUUCAAGAACGAAGAAGCUACUGCGUCUACUAUUGACUCAGAAGGAUGGUUGAAAACUGGAGAUUUGGGUUACAUUGACAGUGAAGGUUUUGUCUUUGUUGUUGAUAGAUUAAAGGAGCUGAUCAAAUGCAAUGGUUAUCAGGUUGCCCCAGCCGAGCUAGAAGCAUUGCUGCUUGCUCAUCCAGAGAUUGCUGAUGCAGCAGUUAUACCCAUUCCUGACAUGAAAGCUGGGCAGUAUCCAAUGGCUUAUAUCGUAAGAAAAGCUGGAAGUAACAUAUCCGAAAGUGAAAUCAUGGGCUUCAUCGCAAAACAGGUAUCACCGUACAAGAAGAUUCGAAAAGUCGCAUUUUUGGCUUCAAUCCCUAAAAGUCCCUCUGGCAAGAUUCUAAGAAGAGAACUUGUAAAGCUCACAACCUCAAAGCUCUAGUAGGAAGCUGUUUUCCUCCAUCCUUUAGCUCAAAACACCUCAUUGUUUGUUAAACUAUAAUUGAUUCUUCUACAGAAAUCGCUGUCAAAAACUGAAUAAUGAUAUACAAA